AUGCCAGAACACAUUGCCCUCGUCGUCGAGCACAUCCAGCAAGAACAGUCCCAGGGACAAUUACAAACCAAGCUCUGUUCUUCCUGCUCCACACCCGUCGACCCCUCAGCUCUCGUAUUCUUGCCCCAAGCAGAUGCUAUCGUAUGCACAAGUUGUCGGGAGGUCUUGUCCGCCCGGACUCCUUUAAUAGUAACUGAUGCCCGCCCUAUCUGGCUUGUUCUUGAUAAUACAAUCCCCAUACGACAACCGUCGCACGAGGUCGGCUCAUUGCAGCCCACGAGGCAUACACAGGACGCACUCCCCUUUGAUACUUCAAUUUCUGCCCCGCCCCCGCUCUCUGACUCAAAUUCUUCCUACCGUGGGGCUCUGAUUCCCCCACCAACAUAUUCAACAAGACCCAAUCCGUUAACCAUUCAAUGUACCAACAUCACCCCACCUACCAUAUCUCAUCGGGAGACCACCCAUUAUUCGACCACCCCAACGUCUACGAACACAACGGCCAGACGACAUACCAGCCAUACAUCCCACCCCGAUCCGUUCACAGACAUAACUCGACUUCGCAUGCGCUCCCGAGGCCACCAAUGUCUUUAUCCUGGUGCUUCCUUCCAGGGAACUCAGAAGAGUGGCAGAAACAGUUACGACGUGAAUGUAACCAUUGUGGACGUUGACUUUGCGUCUUCGUCCCUCUGUGGUUAUCUUCGCAUUCGUGGUCUGACCGAUGACUGGCCAGAACUCACCACAUAUUUCGAUGCCGAGAUUAUUGGAAGUAGAUAUGGUUUCAUCACCCAGAAUUGGGGUGCCACGGAGCACGAAGACCUUGUGCAUUGGUCCCGUUUUCCAGCCUUCAAACAUGUCAAGCAUGAAACCAAAAGACCAUAUUUGACCAUGGAGGAUCGAGAUCGUGGUGCAGUCUUCAUGAGGUGGAAAGAGAGGUUCCUGGUUCCCGAUCAUCGUGUGCAAGACAUCAACGGUGCUAGUUUCGCAGGCUUUUACUACGUCUGUGUCGACUUUAACCCUCCUGCAAUUUCAUCGCCUACUCGCUCGGCCUCACAACAGUUCCCUCUUGCACCAGAGUGCGAUGAGGUGGAAUUAUUUUCACGCUCUACGAUCAUUCCAAAGGCCGAUGGCCGUCGGCGUCGGGAUUCUAGUGUUCGACGCUCAACACUUCCCCUUGUUCCAUUGAGUCCGCCUGUCGCCACCAUGAGCGGGUUCUAUUACCACCAAAACUCCGAACCGUAUCAACAACUAUCUCUGUGUCACAUCCCGGAGCGCACUAGCUCGAGCUUCGAAUUUCGUUAA